AUGGCCGACCAACAUUCUCAGGGUACCGACCCAGCUCACCAACCUCAACAACCCGCCGCUCCCACUCCGAUCUCUCUUCCAACACACAACUCCGGUCCUUCGCCCGUCCCUCUUCUCCGACCUGCCAUUCCCGGCGCAAGAAGUGGUGGAGCUCGUACACCGAGACUUGGACUUGCUAUCCCUCCGUCACCCAAUGCCAAACCAGUAGGCAACCAAGGAGCACCAGCAGCUGCUCCUUCAAGGCCGCCUCUACCGACACUCCACCUUGCAACUCCCAUGGGCAGUCAAGUAGCUCCCCAAGAACAACUCCCUCGAUCUCAAUGCAAUACUCAGCCAUCGGCAGGUGGGGGUAGUGAGAGCAGUGCUGCUCAUUCGAGGUCAGGCAGCUUCGGACCCCUGGAUGGUCGGGCAAGCAAUCCUACAUCUGCUGGAUCCCAAUACUCGGCCCUGUCCUUUGCCUCCCAGUAUGGCAUUGGAGCAACAAGACCUCAAGGAACCCCGGACCCCGUGUCUGCUGUGGGAUCUAUGUACUCUGAGAGAAGUGAAGGUGGUGUCUCCAUGGAGCGUGACGGAAGCUUACAAGGAUUGGAGGCAUUUGAUAAGCUGAGUCUCGAAAAGGCCAGAACUCUUGAUGUCGAUGAGCUCGAUGAAGAGGGAUGGAGAAUCGCCAGUCUCGAAAAGAGAAUUGUUGAGAUUGGAUCCCUUGGUGAAGGCGCUGGUGGUGCUGUCACACGAUGCAAGCUCAAGGGUGGUAACACUGUCUUUGCUCUGAAGGUCAUUACUACGAAUCCGGACCCUGAUGUGAAGAAGCAGAUCCUCCGAGAAUUGGGGUUCAACAAGGAGUGUGCUUCAGAUCACAUCUGCAAGUACUAUGGUGCAUUUGUGGACCCGUCCACAGCCACCAUUUCCAUCGCUAUGGAGUUUUGCGAGGGUGGCUCACUGGACAGCAUUUACAAGGAAGUGAAACGCCUCGGAGGACGAACGGGAGAGAAGGUAUUAGGAAAGAUUGCCGAAGGUGUUCUCGGUGGUCUUACAUACCUGCAUACCCGACGAAUCAUUCAUCGAGAUAUCAAGCCAUCCAACAUCCUGCUUUGCCGAGACGGCGCCGUCAAGCUUUGCGAUUUUGGUGUCUCGGGCGACUUCGGUACCAAGGGCGAAGCUAAUACCUUCAUCGGUACCAGUUACUACAUGGCACCUGAACGGAUCACAGGCCAGUCAUAUACUAUAACAUCGGAUGUUUGGUCGACAGGAGUUACUCUCCUCGAGGUUGCACAACACCGUUUCCCGUUCCCUGCAGAUGGCACUGAGAUGCAACCACGGGCCAACCUUAUCGAUUUGCUUACUUACAUCGUCAGGCAGGAUGUACCAAAAUUGAAGGAUGAGCCUGAUAUGGACGUAUACUGGAGUAACAACUUCAAAUACUUUAUUGAGUGCUGUUUGGAAAAACAGCCCAACCGCCGAGCCAGUCCUUGGAAGAUGAUGGAACAUCCUUGGAUGGUUGAGAUGCGCAGCAAGCGUGUCAACAUGGUGAAGUAUCUUUCUUAUGUCUGGGGCUGGGGAGACCAGCCUAAGGACUCUUAG